UGCGUUUUGUCGUUUCUAAAGUGGAGAGCUGGUUUUGAGUAGCAGGGGGAUUCUACAGUUAUAAUUUUGCCUCUACCAUCCCACUGUCCUGCUCACAAUGACCAAGCUUCUGGAGUGGCUUCUUGGUGUUUCACUGAUUGGCAUUGCAUGGGGACUUGUUACCUUUGACCUUCUUGACUUACAGUUGCCUCCACAGUAUAAGGAGAUGGCUUGGCCGAUGCCUGUGUAUCUGCUGGUGGCAUUUGGGUGUUAUUCACUGGCGACUGUUGGCUAUCGUGUGGCCACAUUUAAUGACUGUGAGGAUGCAGCCAAGGAGCUGCAGUUGCAGAUACAAGAAGCCAAAGAGGACUUGAGAAAGAAAGGGUUGAAGAUGUAAGAUUUGUUUGAGAAGACUACAUAAACUAUGUUUCUCACAUACUACUACAUUUCAGCUUUUUAUCAUCCCCUUUAUUCACAGAUGCAAACACAUUUUCAUAAUCUUUUCCUCCACAGUGACAUCAGUUGUAUGGACCUCUGCACUGUAUAUUAUGCUUAAAUGUGUGAAGUUGGUUCUCAAAGCUUCUCACCUAUAAGUUCAAUUGUUUCUUUUCUUUGCUGUGAUGCAAAUUAUGGUUGAAAGUUUGCAAUGUAAAUGUCAAGCCCUGAGAUCUGCUUUCUGAAACUUUACAGACAUGCAUAUAUUGUCAAUGGACAGCAAUGCUAUUUCUGUGUAACCUCCAGAGAGGAAGUGUAUUUGCAUUGGCACGGGAGUUAAUAUGCCUGUUUUUGACCCAGUUGUUUUUAGCAGAGUCAGAAUUCUGAGUCCGACUUAGAAACAAUCCCACUACGUAGACCCACAUUUGUGCAAAUCUGCAGCCCUACAAAGUAGGACAACAUUUCCAAUCUUAAAGUGAUAGUUCACCCCAAAAUUAAAAUUCUCUAAUUCUCUCACCCUCAUGCCAUAUCAGAUGUGUAAGACUUUCUCUCUUCUGCAAAACACAAACCUAAGAUUUUAGAAGAAUAUUUAAGCUCUGUGGGUCCACACAUUCAAGUGAAUGGUGACCAGUACUUUGAUGCUCAAAAACACAGUCAACAUAAAAAAGUAAUCCAUACGACUCAAAUGUGAGCAUGUAUACUAUUAAGUAUUACUAUAUAUGUCCACUUUCUCUUCCACAUUCUUCUUUUAUUUUUGGUGAUUUUAAUUCUUCAUGCAUAUUGCCACCUACUGGACAGGGAGGAGAAUUUAUGGAAAAAAGGACUUAAAUAUUGGUCUGUUUCUCACCAGCAUCUAUCAUAUUGCUUCAAAAGACACCGAUUAAACCACUGGAGUCGUAUGGAUUACUUUUAUACUGCCUUUAUGUAUGUGCCUUUUGGAGCUUCAAAGUUCUAGCUUCUGUUCAGUGGCAUUGUAUGGACCUACAGAGCUGAUAUAUUCUUCUAAAAAACUCUCUUUGUGUUCUGCAGAAGAAAGUAAGUCAUACACAUCAGGGAUGGGUUGAGGGUGAGCAAAUAAUGAGAGUUUUCCUUUUUUGAAUGAACUAUCCCUUUAAGAUAUGCACUAGAAUUUUGAUGUAAGACGUUGAUGUAAUAGACAAGAUGCAGGAUCUUUAGGCUGUUUAAUCUUAAAUUAGGGUUCCUCGCAAAACUUAUUGAAAUCCAUGUAGUUUGAGGGUCAGUUUAUAAUGUAUGGUACUACUAUAUUUGUCAAAUCAUUUAAUGUUAUAAUGAUAUGCUUCAUGAUAAAAGGAGAGGCCCACAUGUAUUUUUGUUAAAGGUGAAAAAAUAAGAAUAAUAAAAUUUAUUUAUUUAUUUUUUUUAAUGUAUUUCCUUGUCAGAGAUUCCACAUGAUGCAACUAUGUGUUAUUUCAACAAAAAAAAAUCUGUGCAUUUAAAUUCUGAAAUGUGACGUGUGUCCAUGUGUUGGCUCUUAAAACACUAAUCCCAAAGCCACUAAGUGCACAUGAGCACUGUAUAUAGUGCAGAAUUAAUCUGAUGUUUUUGCCAAGUAAAGCUCAUUCGCACUCUCCAGGCUUAAAGUAGGCUGUUGGAGCUU